CAUUUCUUCCCUCUCGGGUGGGACAAAACCCCCUCGGUGGCAGAGCGGCCCCUCACCACCCCCACGGCCCCAGCUGAGCCAAAACAUGCCCGGGGCCAGCACGAAGCCGCCGAGUUCCUGUUUGGAAGCCGCUCCUGCCGGGGUUGGUACCUGCACACGGGGUCACCAGCGCCGGGCUUGUUGUUGUGAGCCCCGACUUUAUCAGUGCCCUGGCGCUUCCCCGCUCCCCGUGCCUUCCUUCCGAGCCAAUUGUUGAUCCCGCAGUCUUGGCUGAGCUGGGAAAAAGGGAGAUUUCCUGCAAUUGUUUCGCAGGACUUGCAGAACGAUGCAAAAUUUUCUGCCUAUCAGCCCCCGUCCCCAGCGCCGGGGCAAGGCUUGAGCCCCCUGGCUUCCCCUGCCAGACCGCGGGGCAAUCAAGGCUCUGUGAUUAAUUGCUGCCUGGCCAGAGGUGCUUCUCUGGCGACAUCCGUCUGCCACCGGCUCCUGCGGGAGCGCUGCCCGGGCACAGAGUUCAGCUUUCAGCUUUUCCCCCGAAAAACCCCUGAUCUCACCCUGGUAUCGAGGUGGCAUCAAGGACAGCUUUGUCACUUUUGUUUUAACCCACCCCAACCAGGAUUCCCAGAGCCGGGGCAGGACCUGGGAUGUAUUUUCCCCACAGACGGAUCCAGGCGGGAUCCAACCUCUUAUCCCAGCGCGGUGACAGUGGAGGGGACACUCGGGAAGCCGCGGGGACCCCCGUCCACCGCCAGGCACCUGCGGCUUCCACACCGACACCUGCCCGGGGCCUCCGUCCCCACCCUGCGGCAAAAUCAAACGGGAGCCGAGUCCCGGCGCUGCAGAUCCAGGGAAAUGUCACCGGGCUGGGCUGUCUCAGGAUGUCGCACCACGGCGGUCAUUUCCUGCCCAGCAAGCGGCCACCGAGCCCACCCCGGCUCCGUGCCCAGAGGCGCCUGAGCUGCCGAGCCGAGAGGAUCCCCCCGCCCCGAGCAGCCCCAGCGCAGCCCUCGCCCAGCCGCCGCCACCAGGAUGGCCGAGGUGACCACUGUCCCCACGGAGACACACACUGUCCCCAGUGAGUACGGGGACUACCACAACCUGUCCGAGCUGUUCUACCUCCUGAACCACACCUACACCUACUGCGAGUUCAGCCUGGACGAGAACAUCAAGCGCGUGGUUCUCUUCAUCCUCUACCUCGUCAUCUUCGUGGUGGGCUUGGUGGAGAACCUCCUCGUCAUCUGGGUCAACUGGCAGACGCGGGGCCACAAGAGCUUGGUCAACCUCUACAUCAUCAACAUGGCCAUCGCCGACCUGGGCGUGCUGCUCUCGCUGCCCAUCUGGAUGCUGGAGGUGAUGCUGGAUUACACCUGGCUCUGGGGCAGCUUCCUCUGCCGCUUCACCCACUACUUCUACUUCGCCAACAUGUACGCCAGCAUCUUCUUCCUCACCUGCCUGAGCGUGGAUCGCUACGUGACCCUGACCAGCUCCUCCCUCUUCUGGCGCCGGCACCAGCACCGCGCGCGCCGCGCGGUCUGCGCCUGCAGCUGGGUCCUGGCCGCCGCCAUCCCCGUGCUGGAGGUGGCUCACAUGCAGCUGGUCAACACCGGGGAGCCCAUCUGCAUCUUCAUGGCCCCCUUUGAGACCUACGACGAGUGGGCGCUGGCGGUCAGCCUGGCCACCACCACCAUCGGCUUCCUCAUCCCCUUCCCCGUCAUGGCGGUGUUCAACGUGCUGACGGCGCGGUUCGUGCGGCGCGCCAAGCCGGAGAGCCGCAAGCACUGCCUGCUGAUCUACGCCUACAUCGGGGUGUUCCUGCUCAGCUGGCUGCCCUUCCACGCCGUGCUGACGCUGCUCACCCUCGAGGGCAACCACAUCGUCCUGCACUGCACCUUCGCCCACUUGCUCUACUUCUUCUACGACAUCAUCGACUGCUUCACGCUGCUGCACUGCGUCGUCAACCCCAUCCUCUACAACUUCCUCAGCAAGAACUUCCGUGGAAAACUCAUCUCUGCCGUGGUCAAGUACAUCCCCAAGGAGCACGGUGGCCAGAAGGGAGAUGGAAAUUCCUCCUCCAGCACGCAGCACUCCAUAGUCAUCGCGAAGGACAACAGCCCUCCCAACUAAGGGGGGUCAGACUCUCCCAGUUUUGGUCGUGGUGGCUCCCUGGGGGCGGUGGGAUUGGUUUUCCUGCUGCUGAGGACACGAUUUGCUUGGGCACAGCCCUUCUUGGCUGGGCACCCCCCGUGCCAGGUUUGAGGAGAGCUGGGAGCUACGGACAUCUCGCCUCUGGAGUGCUGUUGUGCCCAACCUAAAGAAAGAAGAGAAAAUGAUAUUCCCUGUUUGACAAGAAGAUGAUAUUCCCUUGCAAUAAUAAAGCUUGUUACUCCACUCAGUGUGUGACACAACCCGGCCCCAAGAGCAGAGCCCCGUCCUGCCCCCAGCUGUGGGGUUGGAGUGCACCAUCUGCCCCACCACGGCUCUUCCUGCACCCCCAAACUGCCCCUGACCCCCACCCCGGGCACGGCACUGCCUGGUGAGUGCCAUCCCGAGAGGGAGAGGAAGAACCACCCCUCUGGAGCACAACCCCCCCUCCACAGUGCCCAGCAACAUCCAGAGCCUGAUUUUUGAGAGAUGAAGGCAAAGGGGCUGAGGAGGGCACAGACCUGAGGGGAGGAACAACUUGGAUUCCAGGUCAGCCACUCCUUCAGAGCAAUUUUGCAAACCCAGUUGUAAAUUAGUGAUGGCUAAACCGGGUUUUGCUGGGAAGGGCUGACUUUGGGUCCUCCAUCCCAUUAAGUCCAGCCUCCUCUGGAGCAUCCCCUGGCAGGUUUUUAUGGCCACUGGGUAGAUUUCUCAACUCCACCAGACCCCAACACCCCUUCCCCUUCCACCAAACCCCCCGUGGGAGCACGGGCACGUGCAGAAAUCCUCAGAGCUGGAGCACAGGCUGGGUUUGUGCCCUGCAAGGAGCAUCCGGAGAAAAUUCAUCCUGGCGUGGAUCCUGAUCUCAGUCCCUCGCUGGGGGAAGGGGACAGAGAGACCAUAAAUCUCCCGAAGGCCUUGAGCUGCUGGAGGAACACGCGGUGAAAAAAGCAAAGCAUAAGCAGUUCUGGGGACAGGAUGCUGGCGCAGGGGUGGGAGCAGGAUGUCCCAGGAGAAGCCCAUGGCCAGGGGGUGACACGGAUGCGGGGUUAUCACGGGGCUGGCUGGGAAAGCUCUGCACUUCCAGGGGUCCCUGAUGGGGGAAAAAACCCUCAAUUCCUCAGGGUUCCUUCUGCAGGGAUGCUCCUCUGUAUGCCAGGACAUGAGCACUGAGGGGAGGAUCCAAAUCCACCUUUUACACAGAAACUCUGGGAAUUCCCUGCUCAGGAAUUCCCUUCCUCUGCUCCUCACAGCUGUGAGUGCAGAAUUCCAAGCACUGUGAGACCCCCGGGCUCAGAUCUGCACCCCAUCACCUUCACUCCCUGAUCCCAAAUCCUCCCUGAGCUCCCCUUUGCUAAUUCCUUCCUAUUUCCAAUUAAAAAAAUGGAGGGUAAACACACAACCAGCCACUCAUCAGGGCAAAAAUAUAUUCAAGAUACUUCAACAUGUAAAAUUUGGUAUUUCACCUAAUAAACUUAA